UUGCAGCAGCCGCUGGAGGUGCUUCAUCUCGCGCUGGUACUGAGCAGCCUUGCCAGCAAAUUCCUUCUCUUGCUCCGUCAUCUUGAGACUGAUGUCUCCCAGCUUCCCAGCAGCCGUCUUUUUAUACACCUGCAGGAGUUGGGGCAGAGCACAAUCAGAAGCAUUGCUGUGGCUGGAUACCACCGGCAGACUAUAAGAAGCAGAAAGAUGGUUCUCUCUCCCCAUGGCUUCAUCCUGAAAGCAGGAAUGCUUGGCUUAAAGGACAAAUCAGUGUGCCUCAUCUAAAGAUGAAUUACCCUCAAACGGAAGGGGAAGAAAAAGUACUGAAUGAUGAGCUGGAAUGCAAAAUCUGCUACCAGAAGUUUAAUGUUCACAGCCGUAAGCCCAAAAUUCUGGACUGCCUUCAUAGGGUGUGUGCUAAAUGCCUGACAAAAAUCCUCCAUGUUGGAGAUGGCUCUCUUUGCAUCAGCUGCCCUUUCUGCCGCCAUGAAACAGAGCUGCAGGAAGAUGAAGUGGAAGGACUCCCUGAUGAUACAAACAUUAUGUCCAAAAUCGUGACAAAGGACAAAACUGCCUGGAGCUCAGACUGCCAAGAAGUGGUCUUGACGCCAAAGAACUUGGCUUCCUCAAGCCCUUCUCAUGGGUCAUCAAACUGCUUGGUGAUCACCAUCAUGGAAGUACAGAGAGAUUCCACAAGGACUCCAAGCCAAAAUACCCUCUCGGAUUAUUACACGGAUCACAGCCUCGAUUCAGCAUCUGUUAACUCUCAUAGCCAACUCAAUCAAGACAUUGUCUCUAAACUUUGUAAUCAUGUCCCCAGAAUACUCGUGUGGCUGCUUGGAUUUUUCUACUUUGGUUCUUUGCCACUUGGGAUCUAUUUGCUGGUGAUUCAGAGGGUGACCCUUGGAAUUGUCUGUGUUAGUCUUGUUCCAUCUAGCCUAACAGUAUGUCUUGUGUAUGGUUUCUGCCAAUGCCUUUGCCAAGGAAUGUGUGACUGUUCUUCUAUAAACUGAUUUUUCUUUUUUACUGA